GAACAUUAUAUAAAAAUGAAGAUUGGCCAAUUGGAUAAGGAGAAAACACAUCUCCCGAGAAAUUGUAGGAAAAAGCUGAAGCAGAAAGGAUAAAAUUAUGGAUAGGGUUUUCUCCGGCGAGAUUUGGCCGGCUCCGACGGCCAAGGAUACGGUGGAUGCAGUCUCCGGAGAUACCGAUGGAACGGCGAGGUUGAACCGUAGCGCAUCCGAAUGGGCAUUCCAGCGAUUCAUCCAAGAAUCAUCCUCCUCCUCCGCCGCCGGUGCCGGAGAUAUUACGGCUGCGUAUGGUAGCUCAGACGCAGGACCUCCUUCUCCGUGUCUUCCGGUUGAUUCGGCGGAGUAUCGGGCUUACCUGAAGAGCAAACUCAACCUAGCUUGCGCUGCUGUAGCCAUGAAAAGGGCAUCUUUCACAAAACCUCAGGAAACAUCUGGUAGAGCCAGCAGUGGAGCACAGGCUUCCAGUGCAUCGGAACAGGCAUCUCCUGCUUCUUCCAAAGUCAAUGAAGUUGGCAUGCUUUCAUGUGCAGCUGCACCAAAGAAACCUAGUGUUCCGGGCAAGUCUACAACAAGUGGAUCUGAGCUCUCUGGCGACGAAGAAGCUGAUGGUGAAACAGAAACAACUGGAAAUACGGACCCCCUCAAUGCUAAACGCGUGAGAAGGAUGCUUUCGAACAGGGAGUCUGCUAGAAGAUCCAGGAGAAGAAAGCAGGCUCACUUGACUGAGCUAGAGACACAAGUAUCAGAGAUGCGUACAGAGAAUUCUAAUCUCUUGAAGCGUCUCACGGAUAUAACGCAGACGUUCAAUAACGCGGCUGUGGAAAACAGAGUUCUGAAAGCGAAUGUUGAAACAUUACGAGCUAAGGUGAAAAUGGCUGAGGAGAGAGUCAAGAGAAUCACAGGCUUAAACCCAAUGUUACAGGCCAUACCCGACAUUUCCACGGUAUCUGUUCCUUCAUUCAAUGGCAGCCUCUCAGAGACAUCCUCAGAUGACCCCGGUCACCGCAUUUUCCGACAUUCCCCCAACAAUUCUCUAGCCACAAGUAACACAGACAACACAGCGAUCGAGAUUUCUUCAGCCACGAGCAAGGCCUUGACUGCAUGCAAGAUGGAAAGAACAGCUUCACUCCACAGGGUUGCCAGUUUGGAGCAUCUGCAGAAACGUAUUAGCAGCGCCUCCCAACCUUAGCUAUUUAACUGAAAUUUUUCAGACAAGGCACUUUUGUCAACAUCUUUGGGGAUCUAACUUGACAUUUCAUCAGUUCCAUGCUAUCGUUCUUGAUUCUUUCUUCUUGUUAGGAACCUUCUCUCUCGGUGCUGCUGUAACUGUGCCAUUCCAGUUUCUAGCUUUCUCCCCUGCUUUUAGCUUUGUAUAUAUUCACAGACAAACUCCACUUUAGGGCUACUGGAUGUAAUUUCUUCAUCUGGGUUUGUUUUCAAGUUUAUGAUUAUGUCAUAUUUUUUUAGAUUC